CAAAUCCAGAUCUUCCUCUUUAACUCCAGUACAACAACAUUACUGGGCACAUUGGGGAUCAUAUUUCUUUUGUUUCUAUGGAUCUCCAGCUUUGACCGUCAAAGAAAAGAGCCUCCAGGACCCUGGCCACUGCCUCUGCUGGGUAAUUUGAUGCUGCUGGAUCCUAAAUCUCCACACACAACACUAUAUCAGUUGUAUAAGACGUAUGGACCAGUCUUUACAUUCCACUUCGGACCCCAAAAGAUGGUUGUACUUGCAGGACACAAGAUGAUCAAGCAGGCUCUGGUUAACAGUGACGCAUUUUCAGAGAGAGAGGUGUCACCAAUUAUCCAUGACAUGGAAUUAACAGAUGGAAUUGGAUUUGCUAACGGAGACUCCUGGAAAGAAAUGAGGAGUUUUGCUAUGACUAACAUGAGAGACUUUGGAAUGGGAAAAAAAGCAUGUGAAGAGAAAAUUAUAGAAGAGAGUCGAUAUCUGGUUGAAUCCUUUAUGGCAAAAAAUGGUAAAGCCUUUGACUCAGCCCAGCUGGUAAACUGUGCUGUCUCUAAUAUCAUCUCUUCUAUCGUCUAUGGAAACAGAUUUGAAUAUGAUGACCCAAUGUUCGUAUCCAUGGUAAAAAGAGCGAUAAGGAACACUGAACUCAUGGGCUCUCUACCAACACAGUUAUACAACUCAUUCCCAAGUCUGUUCAAAUGGGUUGGGUCUAGAAAGCAACUGCUGGAAAGUACAUUUGUCAACAGGAGACAGAUUAGAGAGCUGGUCAAGGGCUUACAAGAAACCCUGAAUCCACAGAUGUGCAGAGGAGUGGUGGACUCCUUUCUGGCCCGCAAGAUCCAGCAUGAGGCCUCUGGUAAUAGAAAUUCCUACUACAAUGAAGAUAACCUAAUGUCAACUAUUGUCAACCUGUUUGCUGCUGGCACAGACACAACUUCAGCCACUAUCAGAUACGGCUUAGUGCUAAUGGCCCGGUACCCUAAAAUACAAGAACAAGUUCAGGAAGAGAUGAACAGGGUGGUAGGAAGCCGCCAGGUCCAUGUGGAGGACAGGAAGAACCUUCCAUACACUGAUGCUGUCAUCCAUGAAGUACAGAGAAUGACAAACGUUAUCCCAACAGCGCUACAUCGCACAGCUAGAGAUGUCGUCUUUCAGGGAUACUUUAUUAAGAAGGGAACUCCAGCACUUGUUCUUCUUUCCUCUGCUCUCCUGGAUGAAGAGGAAUGGGAAACUCCUCACACUUUCAACCCAGCCCAUUUCCUAGAUGAGGAUGGGAAUUUUAAGAAGAGGGAAGCUUUCCUCCCAUUCUCUGCAGGUGUAAGGGCUUGUGCAGGAGAGAGUUUGGCUAGGAUGGAGCUGUUUCUCUUCUUCACCUCCCUCUUUCAACACUUCCGGUUCACUCCUCCACCUGGAGUUAAAGAGGAGGAGCUGGAUUUGUCACAGGUUGUGGGCUUUAGUCUCACCCCUGCACCUCAAGAGCUUUGUGCCAUCAGCAGGGUCUGA